AAGAUUUCAGCCUGGUCCUUCAGAGGUGCGAGCUGUGGGCCAGUUUAUAGAAGACUGGAGGUGUCCGUUUCUUUACAUUGCGUGUGCCCUCAAUUUCAGCUUCACCCUCAUCACUCUCACUCAAGCAACUCGCGGCAUUCAUUAGUUCACUUACUUUUCGAUUCUACUUAUCGAAGUCCCUAAACUCAGUUUUCAUCAAGACAAUCAUCGAACCAGUCACAAUGUCGGACCAGAAAACCCACUUCAUGGCAUCUACUCAGUACUUUGGCCCUUCACCGGCUUCUGAUGGCCUUCUUCCAGAUGGAAGAUCGCGCAGAGGAUAUCAGCGGGCCUGGCUGAGGCUGCGCCAGUGCGUUCACAAGCUCUGGUUAUUGGAACUCUCGGCAAGCAUCCUUUCGCUGGUGUUCUUUGCGGCCAUCUGUGUCGUCCUAAAGGUGUACGAGAAUCUCAUUGUCGAAACCACCGUCAUGAUGAAACGCCCGCACAUAUAUCCUAUCUUGGCUAUCUUGGGCGCUAUGAUGCGGGCCACUAUGCUCUUACCAGUAGCCACAGCCAUCGGUCAGCUCAAAUGGUCUUGGUUCCGUUCCAGAUCCCGAACCCUGGUCGAUAUGGAACGUUUUGACGAAGCCACUCGCGGAAUUUACGGGUCUGCGAAACUGUUGUUCUACCUACGAUUUCGGAAUAUCGCCGUCAUCGGUGCUGCCCUCACUAUCAUGGCUCUUCCUCUUGAUGCAAUUAUCCAGAGCGCAGUACACCUGUCGUCGGAAACGAGAGCGCUAAGUCAGCUCAACGAAUACUCGCUAGCAAGUCACAACGACGAACCAGUCCGCCUGGAAAGAGCGACAUCCUACAUGGCUUUUGAAAACAAGCCAGGGAGCAACGAUGUCUGGCCAGAGACCCCCAUGAUAAAUGCGAUUCAAUUCGGCCAAGGCUACACAAAUGGAUUAAACGAUAUGAUAAACGCUCAGGCAAGCUUUAACUGCUCAACUGGAUAUUGUAACUACAAGACUUCGCAGACCUUGUCUAUUGACUAUAAGUGUACCAAUCGAUUCGACAUUAUUACCGUAGGCGACAUUGUUACCGAAGAAGGUUAUCAAACACUCCCAGGGACCGAUUUGAAGUUGCAUCUUUCUGAACGGAUAGAUGCGAAAUCCUACUCGCAGUGGCCUGACGAAGCCAAGUCGACAUACCCAAAUUAUGAAAAGUCUCUCUUCGGGGAAAAUCAUGAUGGCCUUCUCAUAGUCGGUACAUCAAUGCUCUACAGAACUGGAAACGGUGCCGAAGACACCAAUGUGAACAAUGGCACAUAUGCUAUGGAGUGUGCGCUAUUCUGGCAUGUCAAAACCACACAGAUGUACGUCAAUGCCAGCAGGACUGGCAUGCUUGAAGAAAACAGUUUGCCCAUCCAUUACUUCUCGAACGGAACUUCGAAAGAGAGAAAUAAGCCUAUCUCCAUCAGACGCGAACAGCUUGACACGGGCAGUUGGUUGUUAACCCCCGAGAUAUGUAUUGUCGACGACGAAGAGAUCGACAGUAGCGCUGGAGACUUUUACAUGGACAAUUGUGUUCAUUUGGUUGGUGGGAAAGCAGCGGAAGGUCUUCAAAACCUACUAAAGGGUGUCGCGUAUGGCUUGACGGAAGGUUCUAUCACCGAGCAGUCCGCCGAUGGAACACAGUUGAAACAGAGCAAUCUCUUCGCGUUGAAUAUGGAGAAAGCGACGUGGAAUAAGCUAGCUGAAGAAGCACAGGGAAACGUCACGACGAUGUGGGCCAACAUCGCCUUUGGUGUGUCGUUCACCGUUCGUCGAACGCAAAGCCUGCAGAUGAAGGGGCUUGAAGUGAGCCUCUACGUUACAGGAACAGCUUCACAGAUUGUCUUCUACUAUUCGAUCGUAUGGUCACGCCUUGCAAUACCGGCCGGUGUCCUUCUCUGCUGCACUCUUUUCGUAUUGUCCACGGCACUGCGCACAAGAAACGAACAUGCGUGGCGUAGGUCCACACUGCCGCUGCUUUUCCACGGUCUUGAAGACCAUGAGCAGAUUGCACACGGGGAUGUGCGUGACUUCACUAUCAUGAAGGAUAUUGCGGGGAAGAUGCGGGUGCGACUGGAGGAGCAUGCUGAAGUGAAUGGUGCAAGACUCAUGUCCCGAAAUUAAGGAAGCAGAUAGAUAGUUGCACAGGUAUAACAGAAUGAGACAGGCAACGUUCCACGCUCGGCGUUUAA